AUGGUCGGGGCAAGUGUGCUGAGCUUGCCGCGCAUGGUGGCAAACAAUGGCUGGGCCUUGGGCCCCGGCAUGGUGUUACUUGCUGGCUUCGUCUCCUAUCAAGCUUGCACCAUGGUGGAUCAGGCAAUGGACCACCUGGCCGAUACCUACGGACAACAUCCCAGAAACAUUGGCUUCGAUCUCAGCUGGGAGUGUUUUGGUCAGCGUGGGAGACGAGCUGUUCUAUUUCUUACUUGUGUUUUUCAGAUUAGCAAGUGUGGCGUUUACUUUGUUGUCAUCGGCGCCAAUUUGAAUUACGCCUUGGAUGGCAUGACGCAGCGUCAAUGGGCAUUAACAGGUGCCCUGCUUUGCAUGCGAUUGAUGUUUGUGCAAGACAUCACAGUGAUCUCUCGAUGGUGUGGGUCCCAAGUGCUUGAAGGAUACGGGGAUGAGGUGGCCUAUCUUGGCUGGGGAAAUCAAGUGGCAGGGAACGUGCUGCCCGAGGGAUACUGCCUCGCGGGGGCUGUGGUGUCGAAUUUGAUGGUCACAGCACCAGUGGUUUUGUAUUGUGUUUUUCGUGUGCUCGAAGCUGAGCACACUCUGCUAACCCAGCCGUGGGUGAACCGAACCCUCAGAGUGACGACCGUGACAAUUGCUGUGUUGAUUGCUCUAUUCCUUCCCCACUUCACUGAAAUAUUGGCAGUAAUUUCCACUGGUUUAUUGACGUUGCUUCAGAUUUUUGUGCCAGUUGCAGUGACUUUGGCACUCCGUGGCCUGGGAUUCCGUGAGUUGUUAUUGUGUUUCUUGGGCGUCGGAAUGCUAACAGCCGGCAUGCAGAGACCUCAGCCGCAGUUUCAGUUGUAG